CGCCAAGUAAAGCGGAUCAUGCAAUGAACUAGCUCUUCGAGUCUCCUCUACCACACGAAUUUCUAUAAACUCUACGAAGGCGGCUCUAGGCCAGAACCAAUAAUAAUUAUGCCCCACAGCGAGUGGCGGUACGACAUGGCCAGAAACUUGCAUCUGCUGCCCGAAUGGAUCUCAUGAAAAUCUUUGCACAAGGCACUUAAUGCACUCAGUAAAAUUACUUUCUCCGCAGGGAACACCAGUCAUCAUCCUCUUCCGAAAGCUGUAGAAAUGGCAAAAUGGGGUGAAGGUGACCCAAGGUGGAUUGUAGAAGAACGUCCAGAUGCAACAAAUGUGAACAACUGGCACUGGACUGAAAAAAAUGCUUGUCAGUGGUCUAAAGAUAAGAUAAAAAAUUUAUUUACCAACUUCAAAAUUGAUGGCAAAUCAUUGCAAGUUGAAAUUACAGAAGUGGAGAAAUGCGACGGCGAAGCGGUUGCAAACAACAGAAAAGGUAAACUCAUUUUCUUCUAUGAAUGGGAUAUCACUUUGAACUGGAAGGCUCAUAUCAGUGGCGUUGAAAAAGAAAUUGAAGGCAAGGUUGCCAUUCCAAAUUUGAGUGAAGAAAAUUCAGUGGAAGAAAUUGAGGUAAAUACAUCUCUGAAAGAACCAUCCAAAGAGGGAGAAGUAGUCAAAGACUUUAUGUACCAAGAGGGUCGUAGCAAGAUUCGCGAACAAUUAGCAGCAUAUAUUAGCUCCCUGAAAGAAGAAUUUUCGCAAGGAAUGAUUCUACCUAAAAAGGAAGAAUCUUGUAAUAAAGGAAAAUCUGUUACAUCUAUAAACAAUGCAAAGACUCUGAUGAACAAUGUGAUUGAAUCGAAAAAAAUAGACACUUCCAAAGUAGCAACGUCUACUCUAAAUUUCUCUCAAACUUUCAUCUGCACUGGUGACGAAUUUUACAAUGCUCUUACAACCCCACAGAUGGUAUCAGCAUUCACUCACAGCCCUGCCGUGCUUGACAACAGAGAGGGUGGCAAAUUUGAAAUGUUCAAUGGAAAUAUUUAUGGAGAAUUCAUUAAACUAGUGCCUGGCAAAAAAAUUGUUCAAAGGUGGAGGUCUAAAAGGUGGCCAGACGGUCAUUUUUCUACUGUCACUUUAGAUAUAGAGCAGCAAAAAGAUCAUACCCUGGUCAAAGUCUCACAAACUGGAAUUCCUGAAAGUGAAUAUGAUUCCACCAAAGAAAACUGGGACCGUUAUUACUGGGAAAGUAUGAAGAGAUACCUCGGAUUUGGAACAUUCUUGUGAUUUGAAGCUCGUGAAAAACUAGAAGAGAUUCUCACCUUUUGAAGCUGUAGCUGCCGAAUUUUCUAGUUUCUUCCGAAACUUAUCAUUGCUUUUAUGCCUGAGAUUCUGGCUGUCAGUCUCCAUGAUUUUCUAAUUUUUUUUUUAAGUUUUUUGUAACCUGCUCACAAAUUUAUAUAGCUAGGUUUCGUACAGAACUUUUCAAUUUAAUGUGGAAAUAAUGGUUAAUUUAUACUUUUCUGAGGGUUAAACCUUUCGAUUAUCGAAGUCUAAUGUAUGUUAGUGCUAUCAUUGAUUGCCGUAGAUUAUGAUUCAUUGAGAAACUCUGCGAUGUUCGCAUUAAUGUUAAAAGAAAUCUUAAUUGGCUGUUUUCUUUCUAGUUUCUCAUCUCUGAGGUGAAAUAAUGAUGUGAAUACUGAUUGUAAUUAGCUUACAAUUUCAUUGAGCUUUGAAAUAUCUUUGUUUUAAGAAAGUUGCACAACUCUGCUGGUGAUUUCAUCCAAUAGGUCGUUCCAAGCACGUAUGUCAUGUUUGUCAGCAUGAGGAAUAAACCAAUGUUACAAAUA